AUGAUGCAGGAGCAUAAAUCUUUCUUGAUCAGAGAUCUUCUGGGGGAUGUAUUGGCUGACCGAGUUCAAGAAGACUCGGAGAACGAUUCGAUUGUUCAUUCGGAUUCCGAAGACACUAUCGAUCCUGGCAGCAGCCCUUGCACGCGUCUAGGAAGUCCUCCACCGGCGCUUUCGCCAUCGCCCGGUUUGGCAACGACAUCUGGGAAAUCUUGUGGGGUGAUGGUCAAUAGCGCACCACCAACUAGCAGGAAACCACGAAGACGGCGAACCGCUUUUACUCACGCUCAGUUGGCUUAUCUCGAAAGGAAGUUCCGCUGUCAGAAAUAUCUCAGUGUUGCGGAUCGCAGCGACGUCGCGGACGCUUUAUCGCUCUCAGAGACCCAAGUAAAGACUUGGUACCAAAACAGAAGGACGAAGUGGAAACGGCAGAACCAAUUACGAUUGGAGCAGCUGCGUCAUCAAGCUACUGUUGAGAAAGAUCUUCUGGUACGCAGCGUGGGUCUUCAUCACAGCAGCAUGGAUGCAUAUUGUUCACCAUAUAACUCACAAACGCAAACCAGUCAUCCGCCACCACUGCCGCCGUCGUCGUCGUCAGCAGCAUCCACCGCUUCCACGGCAGCGUUUCUCUCGACAGCGGCUGCACUCUUUCGGAACGUCACCUAUGUCCCUGGUUGUCCCCUCUAA